CCGGGGUCCCGAGUGCAACGCGCCACUUCACUGCCGCGCCCCAGCCCCGGAUAUAGCGCUCGCCCCCGCACCCCCAGACGCACGUAGCACCAUGGCAAACCGCGGCCCCGCGUACGGACUGAGCCGGGAGGUGCAGCAGAAGAUAGAGAAGCAGUACGACGGAGAGCUGGAGCAGAUCCUGAUCCAGUGGAUCGCGGCCCAGUGCCGACGGGACGUGGGGAGGCCGCAGCCCGGGCGGGAAAACUUCCAGAACUGGCUCAAGGAUGGCACUGUGCUGUGUGAGCUCAUCAACGGGCUGUACCCAGAGGGGCAGGGCCCCGUGAAGAAGAUCCAAGCGUCCGCCAUGGCUUUCAAGCAGAUGGAACAGAUCUCCCAGUUCCUGCAGGCGGCCGAGCGCUACGGCAUCAAUGCCACCGACAUCUUCCAGACCGUGGACCUCUGGGAGGGCAAGAACAUGGCGUGUGUGCAGAGGACACUGAUGAACCUGGGAGGUCUGGCGGUGGCUCAGGAUGACGGGCUCUUCUCCGGGGAUCCCAACUGGUUUCCCAAGAAGUCCAAGGAAAAUCCCCGGAACUUCUCGGACAACCAGCUGAAGGAGGGCAAGAACGUCAUCGGCCUCCAAAUGGGCACCAACCGGGGGGCGUCACAGGCGGGCAUGACCGGGUACGGGAUGCCCCGCCAGAUCCUCUGAUCUGCCUGAAGCCCCCCCAGCUCCCCCCAACCCCCCCUCGAAUGGUUAAUAUAUUUUUUAAGCACCGACAUUCCUGGGGGGAUAUUCUCCCCCCACCCAAGACAAACACUGAAACUGGAUCAACUAGGGGGUGGGCUCCUUCCCCUCCCCCACCCUUACAUCCUGGACCAAAUUUCCAGUGCCUAAGGCAGGCGGGGGGGCAGACCAUACAUCAUUCCAGGGAGGGGCGAGAGGGACCAAACUUCAAAAAUCGCCCUCCCUCAACCCUUUCCCCUGCUGCUGCCAGGCUAUAAUUUAUAAGGAGGGGUUGGGGGUGGGAGAGGACGUGAUCACAGCCGCCCCGCCGAGAUGCACAGCUGGACGAGACCACUCCCCGGCUCCCUCCCUCUUUGCCCCUCUGCCAUGGAGAUGGUGGGGGGAGCCAGUGCCCACCCUCACCCCACCAACGUUCUCCACCCAACUUGCCCCUCUUCUCCCUCUUCCCCCCCACUCACACAAACACACAUAUACACCCCGAAGGGCAGCUGGUGGGGGAGGGGGCAAGGUCUCUCCACUGUGGUUGUGGCUUGGAAUAAAGAUUCCUAUACCGUUUUUCACACA